CGCCCACCGUGCAGUGCUUUUUAGUUUAAAAAUAUUAAUUGCCGAGCUCGAUCUGACAUGACUAGAGGCUCCUUCGUCUCUUGAUGUUCAGGAAUGUGCAUGACGGGCAUCCUCUAAACGACCAUCCUCAUCCUCGUUCUAGAAUUUACCUUCAUAUGUUAUAACUAGGGAACAGAAUCGUUCUUACAAGAAUAAUUUGGAAACCACUCACGGUCUUGUGAACUUUGAAACAUGUGAGUUCGCUUUUCAACUGUGCAACACCAGUGUUAUUCUUACUGUAAAACCCAACCCUUGUCGGGGGCUCGAGAAUUCAGCAUGCUGCUCCUCAUCGAACAUCUUCUCCUCUCUUUUUUCAUCGCUUCCCUCAUCGGCGUGUACAUUCGAGGCGGGCUUCGAGAACUGUUGCGGGUCGUUCUGAUCGGGGUGAAGAACAUACCCGGGGUGACUGAUGUGCUGGCUUACGUGCUGAGAAACGAGGCCGUGAAAUUCGUCCAUCAGUCCAGCAUCGGAGGAGGCAAUGGCCAGCGGCUCAAGAUCACCAUUCCAGAGAAAGGUGUGCCUAGUGACGAACUGCUGCGAAAGAUGCGAGAGAUGAAAGAAAAAGAGUUAGACCACGAGGAGGGGAAGAUAUUCGCCUACUCCUACACCCUUAACGACGACCACUACGCCAUACAGAAGGAUGUUUUCAACAUGUUUACAGAAAAGUUGGAGUUCUCAGAAGACCACGAGAAACUUGUUCGCGAAUUUCACCUGGCUUUUCUACAUGAAAACGCCCUGAAUCCCAUGAUCUACCCGUGCUUAAGGCAAAUGGAGACCGAGGUUAUCAGCAUGACCUCGUCCAUGCUGAACGGUGACAACGAGACGACAGGCUUCCUCACUUCCGGUGGCACGGAGAGCGUUCUCAUGGCGGUGAAGACAUAUCGAGACCGGGCUCGCAAGCUGUAUCCUCACAUUCUCUGCCCAGAAAUUGUGUGUCCGAUGACCCAACAUCCAGUAAUGGCCAAAGCAGCUCACUAUUUUGGUCUGACAAUCAAACACGUGCCUGUGGGCCCUGACUAUAAGGCUGACGUGAGGAAGAUGGAACAGAUGAUCAGUCCAAAUACAAUUUUGCUGACCUGUUCUGCCCCUCAAUUUUGCCACGGAAUUGUCGACCCUGUAGAUGAGUUGUCCACCUUGGCUAUGAAGUAUGGACUUCCACUCCACGUCGACGCCUGCUUUGGGGGCUUCAUGCUCCCUUGGAUAGAAAAACUGGGUUACCCAGUACCCAAAUGGGAUUUUCGGUGCCCGGGAGUAACAUCAAUCUCAGCUGACCUGCAUAAGUAUGGCUAUUGUGUAAAGGGAGCGAGCGCUAUCGUGUACAGAAAUUCGGAACUUCGCAAGUAUCAGAUAUUCACAUACUCCGAAUGGCCUGGAGGUCUUUACGGAUCACCGUCAAUGGCUGGUACCCGACCCGGUGCUAACAUCGCGUCCGCAUGGGCGUCUCUCCAGUGUCUUGGGCAGGAGGGCUUCCUGGAAAAAGCGAAGGAUCUGAUGGACAUCACCAACAUGCUGAAAGAUGGUGUGCACAAGAUAGAUGGCUUGACCAUCGUAGGUCAGCCCCACAUGACUUGCUUUGCUAUCACUUCAAAUACCCCGGAUGUGAACAUUCUCGCCGUCGCUGACGUCAUGGAGACGAAAGGGUGGAAGAUGGAGAGGCAACAAAAUCCGGACUGCGUGCACUGCUCCAUCCUCCCUCACCACAAGCACUCGGCAUCUGCUCUGCUGACAGACCUGGCACUGAGCGUUGACCAAGUAAAGUCCAACAAGUCUUUGAGCAAGACAGGUACUGCUGGCAUUUAUGGGAUGAUGGCCGCUAUCCCGGACAAAGCUAUCAUCAACGACUUCAUCACGGAAUUCUUCAGCGAAGUUUACACGCUUAAGUGAACAGUGAUCACAUUACUUUCUUCAUGUCUGCAGUUUCCUCUAGUGGGACUUCUUUUUGAGAAAUAUGUUAAUACUUUGUUCUAAAUACGCCAUGCUUCUUCUUUUGUCUGUUAAGUUCGCACUUACUUUCACAUUGUGAUAAUGUCUGAUCUCUUUGAAUGGCGAGGACAUUUUGUUCUCUGAGUCAUUCCAAAUAAAAACAACACGGAAGCA